ACAACGCCAACCGGGUGCUGCUGGCUCUCUUUGUGGCUGAGAUGCUGCUGAAGAUGUACGCCCUGGGCCUGCGCCAGUACUUCAUGUCCCUCUUCAACCGUUUCGACUGCUUCGUGGUGUGUGCGGGCAUCUUGGAGACCAUCCUGGUGGAGCUGGACACCUUGUCACCCCUGGGCAUCUCCGUGCUGCGCUGCAUCCGGCUCCUCCGGAUCUUCAAGAUCACCAGGUACUGGACAUCCCUGAGCAACCUGGUGGCCUCCCUGCUCAACUCUGUGCGCUCCAUUGCCUCUCUGCUCCUCCUCCUCUUCCUCUUCAUCAUCGUCUUUGCGCUGCUGGGCAUGCAGCUCUUUGGGGGCAAAUUUGACUUUGAGGACAUGGAUGUGAGGCGCAGCACGUUUGACAACUUCCCCCAGGCCCUCAUCAGUGUCUUCCAGAUUCUGACUGGAGAGGACUGGAAUUCAAUCAUGUAUGAUGGGAUCAUGGCCUAUGGGGGCCCGUCCUUUCCUGGCAUGCUGGUCUGCAUCUACUUCAUCAUCCUCUUUGUGUGUGGGAACUACAUCCUCCUCAAUGUCUUCCUGGCCAUUGCAGUUGACAACCUGGCCGAGGCUGAGAGCCUGACGUUAGCCCAGAAAGCCAAAGCAGAGGAACGCAAGCGCCGGAAGAUGUCCAGAGGUUAUCCAGAGAAGUCUGAGGAUGAGAAGCAGAUGCUGGCAAAGAAGCUGGAGCAGAAAGCAAAGGGAGAAGGGAUUCCCACAACAGCCAAGUUAAAAGUGGAUGAAUUUGAGUCCAAUGUCAAUGAGAUCAAAGACCCAUACCCUUCUGCAGACUUCCCAGGUGAUGAUGAGGAAGAUGAGCCUGAAAUCCCCCUGAGUCCUCGGCCACGUCCCCUUGCAGAGCUGCAGCUGAAGGAGAAGGCAGUGCCCAUGCCUGAAGCCAGCUCCUUCUUCAUCUUCAGCCCGACCAACAAGUUUCGGGUGCUGUGCCACAGGAUUAUCAAUGCCACUUGGUUCACCAACUUCAUCCUGCUCUUCAUCCUGCUCAGCAGCAUCUCACUGGCAGCUGAGGAUCCCAUCCGGGCCGAGUCCUUCCGCAACCAGGUUCUCAGAUACUUUGACAUUGGCUUCACCUCUGUCUUCACAGUCGAAAUCGUCUUAAAGAUGACAGCCUAUGGUGCUUUCCUGCACAAAGGCUCCUUCUGCAGGAACUCCUUCAACAUCCUGGACUUGCUGGUGGUCGCUGUCUCCCUCACCUCCAUGGGAAUUGAGUCCAGUACCAUCUCAGUGGUGAAGAUCCUCCGGGUCCUGAGGGUGCUGAGGCCUCUGCGAGCCAUUAACAGGGCAAAGGGGCUCAAGCACGUGGUCCAGUGUGUGUUCGUGGCCAUCAAGACCAUUGGGAACAUCGUGGUUGUCACCACAUUGCUGCAGUUCAUGUUUGCCUGCAUCGGGGUCCAGCUCUUCAAGGGCAAGUUCUACAGAUGCACAGACCCAUCCAAGAUGACAGAGAAGGAGUGCAGGGGUUCCUUCAUCAACUACGUGGACGCAGACCCCACGCAGCUGGAGCUGCAGCAGCGUGUCUGGCUGCACAGCAACUUCCACUUUGACAAUGUCUUCUCAGCCAUGAUGUCCCUCUUCACUGUCUCCACCUUCGAGGGCUGGCCAGAGCUGCUGUACAUGGCCAUUGACACCAAUGCUGAGGAUAAAGGCCCUAUCUACAACUACCGGGUGGAGAUUGCAAUGUUCUUCAUCAUCUACAUCAUCCUCAUUGCCUUCUUCAUGAUGAAUAUCUUCGUGGGCUUUGUCAUCGUCACCUUCCAGGAGCAGGGAGAGAGCGAGUACAAGAACUGUGAGCUGGACAAGAACCAGCGCCAGUGUGUGCAGUAUGCUCUGAAGGCUCGUCCCCUGCGGCGCUACAUCCCCAAGAACCCCUACCAGUACCACAUCUGGUACGUGGUCACCUCCUCCUACUUCGAGUACCUCAUGUUCUUCCUCUUUUGCCUGGGCAUGCAGCAUUACAACCAGUCUCCAGAAAUGAACCACGUCUCAGACAUCCUCAACGUAGCCUUCACUGUCCUUUUCACCCUGGAGAUGAUCCUGAAGCUCAUGGCCUUUAAAGCCAAGGGCUACUUUGGGGACCCGUGGAACGUCUUCGAUUUCCUCAUCGUCAUCGGCAGCAUCAUCGACGUCAUCCUCAGCGAGAUCGAC